AUGGUGGACAGUCUGGUGACCGAGCUUGUCUCCUUCUAUCAAGGGCAGUGGCCCUGCUACCGGCCCGCACCGCCCUCGGGGACGAAGUGGCACACCUACUUUGGCGUUGAUGAGAUACAGGGCAAAGUUCAGGACAAGUUCGCCGUCUGGUUCGCGAAUCACUUGUUUUACGAGUACUUGGGCAAGGUAGACCAAGUGAUGCUGCGCCUGGACGUCGCACCACCAGUGGUGGCCCACGGACCACUUGUGGCGUUUGUCGACAACCACCGCACCAGCAUCAAGGGCUUC